CGCCCCGCGGGGGCUGCGACGGGGGCUCGGCUUCCGGGCUCGGUGGUUCCGUCCGCAGCUGGCGUCUCGCCGCGAAGCGGCUGAGCGCAGUGAAAUGAUGAACCAGGCGACCCCCGACCCCGAGCGGGCGCCGGCGUCCGAGGCCGUAUGGGAGCGGCCCUGGUCGGUGGAGGAGAUCCGCAGGAGCAGCCAGAGCUGGUCGCUGGCGGCCGACGCGGGCCUACUACAGUUUCUACAGGAAUUUUCCCAGCAGACCAUCUCUAGGACCCAUGAAAUCAAAAAACAAGUGGAUGGGCUGAUUCGGGAGACGAAAGCCACAGAUUGUCGCCUUCACAAUGUCUUCAAUGACUUCCUCAUGCUGUCUAAUACCCAGUUCAUUGAGAAUGUAAAUUUUCAGAUUAGGGAUACCAACCAGAGGUGGUUUUCUAGUCCGGACCUGUACAUCGACCGCCCCUUGCCCUACCUCAUUGGCUCCAAGCUGUUCAUGGAGCAGGAAGAUGUAGGACUUGGAGAACUCUCUAGUGAAGAAGGCUCCGUGGGCAGUGGUCGGGGCAGCAUUGUGGACAGUGAGGAAGAGAAGGAGGAAGAGGAGUCAGACGACGAAUUUGCCAAUCAGAGUGACAACGAUCAAAACAAGCACAUCACACAAAUAAGUGAUGAAGAAGAGGAUGAUGACGCUGACCUCUUCGCUGACUCUGAGAAGGAGGAAGAUAUUGAGGACAUUGAAGAAAAUACUAAGCCAAAAAGACCCACAUCAUUUGCCGAUGAGCUGGCAGCUCGGAUCAGAGGGGACUCGAGCCGGCUGGGCGAGGAGCAAGCAGGAGAUGCCAAACCUCAGAGGACAAUGAAAGAGAAGAAGGAAAGAAGAACUCCUUCAGACGAUGAAGAAGAUAGCUUAUUCGCCCCUCCCAAGCUGACAGAUGAAGACUUCUCCCCAUUCGGAUCUCGGGGUGGCCUGUUCAGUGGUGGACAGGGCCUCUUUGACGAUGAGGAUGAGGAGAGUGACCUCUUCAGGGACCCUGUUCGGGACCAGCAAAUGCCAACUCCUGUAAAUGAAGAGUCCUCCUCCUCCAAACCUGGAAAGAAAAUCCCAGCAGGAGGUGUUUCUGUAUUUCUAGUGGACACAGAUAUGCUUGGGGCACCAACCACUCCUGUGCCGAAGGAGCCCCAGAAGCCGGAGCAGCCCACUCCAGGGAAAAGCUCAUACGUCCCUGCUGCUAGUGGCCUCUUUGAUGAUGAUGACAAUGACGACUUUUUCACAGUGUCCUGCAACAAACCUUCAAAGACAGAAAAAAUCAGAUCUACUGCCAGCCUCUUUGAUGAUGAAGAAGGUGAUUUGUUCAGAGAAAAACCAGCAGCUAUGCCUGAACCAACUGUGAAACAGAAGGAUGAAAACAAAGCAAAGGCAGAGCAGACGGUAACCCUACCUUCCAGCAAAAAUCUCAAGCUCUCACCAGAAACAAAAACUCACAAAAGUUUAUUUUCGGAUGAGGAGGAUUCUGAGGAUUUGUUUUCAUCUCAAAACACGAGUAAGUCCAAAAGUGCAUCUCUUCCUCCCAGCAAGCUCGCCACACCGGUCUCCCUUUUUGAUGAUGAAGAUGAAGAGGAUAAUCUUUUUGCCAUGGCUGCUGGAAAGAAACAAAUGCCAUCUCUGCAAAGUCAGGAGAAGGCAAAGCCCUUGGAACAACCCAAAAAGAAAGCCUCUGCCUUACUCUUCAGCAGUGAUGAGGAGGACCAGUGGAGCGUUGCUGAUGCACAGACCAAGCUACCACCUGACAGCAAACCCAAAGGAGAGCUCAGCAACUCAGAGACCGCCCAGGGCCAGCAGACCACGACCAUGAAGAAGGCCAGCCUUUUUGAAGAGGAUGAUGAAGAUGAUCUGUUCGCCAUUGCCAAGGACAGCCAAAAGAAGACCCAGAGAGUGUCCCUCCUGUUUGAAGAUGACACAGACAAUGGAAGCUCUCUGUUUGGCUCUCCCCCCGCCUCUGUUCCUCCUGCAGCACCGAAAAAAGACACUGCUCGUGAAGCACUGCCUUUGCUGUUCAGCGAUGAGGAAGAGAAGGAGCUGCAGUUUGCCACAAGACCUGUGGGUCAGAAGGCUGAGAGCCCCAUUGUCCCCUCCAUGCUGCAGAGAACGGAUGGGGCUCAAGAGCUGGAGAAGGAAGGACUUUUGACUGCAUCUGCCCAGGAAGCCAUCAGGCAUUCUGAUUUGUUUUCUCCAGUGUCCCCAUUGGACAAAGGAACCAAAGGUAGAACUAAAACUGUCCUUAGCUUGUUUGAUGAGGAAGAGGAUAAAAUGGAAGAUCCAGACAGCUCCCGUGUUCCACAGAUAGAAGUGGGGAAGGGUCCUGAUCCUGAUGCCCGGCCCAAGAGCACAGGUGUCUUCCAGGAUGAAGAGCUCCUUUUCAGCCACAAGCUCCAAAAGGACAAUGACCCAGAUGUUGACCUUUUUGCUGGCACCAAAAAAAACAGGUUGGCAGAGCCCAACAUGGGGAACUUGUUUGGUGAUGAUGAAGAUGACGAUCUUUUCAGCUCUGCCAAGACCCAGCCUGCGGUACCAGAAAAAAAGAAGGUAGUAAAAAGAGACCACAUUGCCUCGUCUUCCAAGAACCAGAAGCAUCUGGAAUCCACCCAAGGUAGCAAAGAGAAAAGUGUAUGGAAACCAGAAGCAGCACAGGAUUCAUCAGGUCUCGCUCCAUUUAAAACCAAAGAACCGUCCACUCGAAUCGGGAAAAUACAAGCAAAUUUAGCAAUUAACCCUGCAGCCUUGUUGCCUGGAGGAGCUCCCCAGGUCUCGGGAGCAAAGCCUAUUUCUCCAGAAUUGGCUCUUCCUUCUGUGGACCUUGGAUGGAGCCCCAGCGUGGAUGGUCAGCCUGCUCCCUCAGACCCCGGGGAAGCCAGUGUGAGCUUUGAUCUUCCCGCACAGACUGACACCUUACACAGUGUCAACAAGAGCCGUGUCAAAGUGAGAGGGAAGCGUAGGCCACAGACCCGUGCAGCCAGGCGACUGGCUGCCCAAGAGUCCAGUGAAGCUGAGGACACAGGUGUCCCUGGAGGCCCCAUCACACAGUUGGCAGGUGGUGCUGUUAAAUCCAGUGACUGUCAGCUUCAUCACAGAGUGGCCAGCAGAGAAGUUGGGUCUGAGGAAGCUGCAGCUGCUGCCAUUCCACCCAGGGAAAGCCAUCCUGCACCUAUGAUGGACAGUAACCCCUUUGGGAUGCCCUUGGGCCAGCCUGCGGGCGAGGCUGACCUGUUUGAUUCUGAGGACAUCUUUUCCAAGGGCACAAGAUCACAGUCCACAGAGAGAACCAAAGCCAAGGUGAAGGCCACAGAGACCUCAGCCCACCCAGCUGAGGGAGGAAAAGAAAAAAGCCCCCUGUUUCCUGCCCUUGGCGAAGCUGGCAGUGAUGAUGAUCUUUUUCAGUCCGUUAAGCCAAGACCAGCAAAGAAAACAAACCUCUUCCCCCUCCUGGAUGACGAGGAUGAUCUCUUUACUGAUCAGAAAGGCAAGAAGAAUGAGCCCAAGUUCAGUGAUCAGCAGGAUGUUGUAUCAAAAGUAGAAGAUAUUUUUGAGGAUGAUAUAUUUGCUACAGAAGCAAUUAAACCCUUACAAAAAAAGAGAGAGAAGGAGAAAAACUUGGAACCCAGCUUACUUGAUGAUAACAUUGAUAUCUUUGCUGACUUAACCCUAAAACCAAAAGGAAAGUCUAAAAAGAAAGUAGAAGCUAAGUCUAUCUUCGAUGAUGAUAUGGAUGAUAUCUUCUCCUCUGGUCUCCAGACUAAGACAACCAAACCAAAAAGCCGACCUGUACAGACAGCACCUGAACCAAGACCAGAACGCAAGGUGUCCAACAUAUUUGAUGAUCCCCUGAAUGCUUUCGGAGGCCAGUAGAACCUGUGCUGUAUCUGUGUCUCACCUUCAGCUACAUCUUUGAGUUAAGAGAUACUGACAUACGUGCUUGUUGUCAAAAGACAAAUGCUAAAACAGCUAGCUCACCUUUUACGCUGUGCACUUAGUAUCAUUUUGCGCUGAUUUUAAUCAAGCUUAUACUGCAAAACAAAAAUAAAUGUU